CAGGUUUCUUUGAUUCGUCGUUAAUUCGCCAUGAAGAUGUAUAAAGGUGUGUUGCAGUGGCUUGCGCUGUCCUUUUUCUACCAUGAAUGUCGGGCUGUCGACCUCAUUUACCAUGUAGAAGAAGAAAAAAGCCCUGAUAGUUAUGUCGGUAAUAUCGCUUCAGACUCCAAGUUGUUAGAGAGCAUUCCAAGCGAAGAACACAAUCUGGUGAGGUUCCACCAAUUACACCAGAGACAGACAGGAAAUGAUAAUCUUUUUACUGUUUCUAAAACUGGAGAGCUCUACACUGCCCAGAAACUUGAUGCCGAGUUACUUUGUACAUCAAAUACGGAAUGUUUCCGGAUAAUCAAAAUAUCAGUACGUAGGGCACAGACAUUUAUGAAAAUCUUAAAAAUCAAAGUAGUUAUUGAAGAUGUCAAUGACAAUUCCCCAGAAUUCUUGAGAAAAAGUGUAAAACUAGAUUUUUCAGAAGGAGAUGCCAUGGGCUUAACAAAAUCAAUUCCGAAUGCUAUUGAUAAAGAUGUUGGCGAUCUAAAUUCAAAGAUUAUUUAUGAACUUCAAAGAAAAAUCAAUGAUCCAUUUAAAUUGUCAGUUACGAAAAGGAUGACUGGUAGUUCAAAGUUGGGGUUAAUCCUUACAGAAAGACUUGAUAGGGAGAGAAAAGCUAGUUACACACUUCAAGUUAUUGCCAGAGAUGGUGGCAAUCCAAUGCGACAGGGUAUUCUUCGCAUCCAAGUUUCAGUUACAGAUUUGAAUGACAAUUCUCCCCUCUUCACCCAAAAUACAUUCAACAUUUCAAUAAAGAACACACAUCAUAGAAAUUCACCCAUUUUAAUUCUUUCAGCAAAGGAUUUAGAUUUUGGAAAUAAUGGAAAGAUUUCCUACCAUUUUAGUCCAGAAACAUCAACUGCUGCCACACAACAUUUCUACCUAAACGCUGAAACUGGUGGCAUCUUUGUAGUGAAGAAUUUUACUUCAAGACAAACACAAACGUACAAACUCUAUGUUGAAGCUAAAGAUGGUGGAAGCUCCCCGCUGACAUCUAUUGCCAUGAUUUUGGUCAAUGUUGUUGACCAGCAGAACCAUCCUCCAGAGAUAGAUAUUAACUUUGUCACUGAAUUGACAAAGAAUACAGCUUCAAUAUCUGAAGGAAUCAAAGUCGGCAGUUUCAUAGCUUAUGUCAAUGUUAUUGACAAUGAUAUUGGACUGAAUGGUGAGGUGGAAUGUAGCCUACACCACGAUAAGUUCCUUCUUUUAGAUUUAGGAUCAAAAGAAUAUAAAAUUACGUUAAAGAAACCUGUGGACAGAGAGAAACAAGAUAGGUAUGACAUAACAAUUUCUUGCGAAGACAAAGGAUCCCCUCCUUUACAGACUCAGAGACAGUUCUCCAUUGAAGUAAUGGAUGUCAACGAUGUACAGCCACAAUUUACAAGAGAGACAUUCAAAUUUCUGACUUACGAAAAUGAGAAACCCAAUUUCCCAGUUGGUUUUAUUGAUGCAACUGACCCAGACAUUGGCCUGGGAGGGACACUCGUCUAUUCCUUGUUUAGUAACACAGGAAACAAUUUGCCAUUCAUUAUUGCUGACUAUGGUUUCAUCUCUACAAAUAGACCGUUAGAUCGUGAAAAACAGGAAGCAUUUAGAUUCAAGGUUUUUGUCAGAGACAGUGGUGUCCCUUCCUUAAAUAACACAGCAAAUGUGAUUGUCGAAGUCCUUGAUGAAAACGAUAAUGCCCCUUACUUUACAUUCCCUAGUGUUAACCCUUUUAGUCUUGAUGUUCACUAUUAUCCUCAGAGCAAGAAUGACAUCACAGUUCUGAAGGCUUCUGAUAGAGACAGUCGCGAAAAUGCCUUCUUAAAAUAUGAAAUACUUGACGGCAAUACUAAACAACUAUUUAAAGUAAACCCUUACACAGGAGUGAUGUCCUUUUCACGGACAGUUUAUCAAAACGAUGCUGGGUCUUACAAACUUCUGUUGGCUGUGAAAGACAAUGGUACACCAGUUUUGUCUUCAACAACCACACUUUCUUUGACACUAACUGUUAGUAAUAAAACCUCAACAAAACUGAACUCUGCUCAUCUCCCAUCGGACAAUACCGUCGAUGCCACCAUGCUGAUUAUCAUUGUAGUCGCAGCUGUGAUAGUAUCUAUAGUUGUGGUGGUAUCUGUUACAUUGUGUAUUGUGAGAUGCAACAAUGGCCAAAGUAACCAGGCCAGACCCGGAGUGAGCACAGCCAUCCCUUGUAACCGCGAAAAAAGCCACUAUACAACACAGACGAAAAAAACCAUUCCAGCACCUCGGCAUUCGGUGGAGAUGCGCAACAGGAAUAUUCUGUUGAUGGAAUCCAACAAUGAGUUUUAUCCACAGUACGAGUCGCAAAAUGACUGGAUAAUACCUUCCACAGAAAGGAAGUCUCCUUCAACAUUAUUGCUGCCAACACAGAUACACAAGUAACAGCAUCACCAGCAGCAUCAUCAGCAUCAAGAUCAUCAUUGCUGAAAACAGCAGCAGCAGCAGUGACAAUAUAAGAGCAGCAAUUGCAAGAAGAACAACAAGUCUCAACAGAAUCAUUGUUAUUACAAAAAUACCAACAACAAAACAAGAGCAAUACUACGUCCAACACCAGCACCAGCACCUAUACCAUCAAUACCACCAAUAACGUGAGUCAAUGAAGGGGCCACUUUGUGGUCUCCCAACUGGCUAAAAGUAGCAGCCAAAUUCUCUGAAAUGAUAAUACAGUACUAUCUUAAAAAAAGGAAGGACUCUUUUGAGCAAAGUGGAGAUAGAUAUACAGAAAGACAGGAUGGUCAUGACGGGAACGUCUUUGAUUAUAGGUCCAUUUAACCAUGACUGAACUGUAGCUAAACAAUAACAACAACAACAACAUCAGUAACAACAGCAACAACAACAUUGUGAGUAAGAAGAAGGAAAAUGAAGUGAAGUGUGAAAGGUGGGAGGGGUAGAGAGAGAGAGAGAGAGACAGAGAGAGGCAGGGGGAGAGAAAGAGAGGAAGAACUGGUGUAAAAGAUUAAAAGACAAAGAGAAUAAAGGAAUAUAUGAAUAGUGAAUAACAACAGAGCUGAGGAAGUGAUGUCACACACGCACAUGCCACACACACACACCACACACACACACACAUCAUAUGUAUGUAUGUAUACACAUAGUCAUACAUGCAUAUAUCAGCACAAAAAUAUACAUCCUUACACAUGUAUACAUAUGCAUAU